AUGAAGCUCAAUUACAACUUCGUUCUGGCUUUGGGCUUUGGCGCAAUGACAAAGGCUGAGCCACCAGCACUGAUCGAUGUGUACCCUCGAGCGUUGAACUCAUCAGCGACUACCUCCGCAGCCACAACGCCGUUGAUUACAAGCUCAUCUAUCAUUUCUCCCCCGUCACUAUCAACAGUCACCAUACCGUGCAGUACAACAACCUCCGCGGAAACGACUAUCUGCCAUGAGUGCCCUAAAUCGACUGCCCCGCCAUUUAGCAAUACAUCUUCGCCAGUGACACCGGCAGCCACGGUGCCAGAAACAGAAACAGAAACGGUGCCCUGUAUUGAAUGUGUUGAGUCUACGGGGUCUCCAGUAGUUCCUCCGAUUACUAUCACCACCACAACACACGUGACAGUACCUUGCUCUACUGAGGUUGAAAGCGAGCCUUCCCAACCGGUGCUUCCGCCGAACACUGUGCCUCCAAUCGUUAUUCCUCCAUUAAACACAGCACCAGCGAAUACAGUCCCUCCACAAAAUACAGGACCUGCAGCUCCUGCCUCUCCUUCCGGCCCUGUUGUUCCGUCUAAGGCUGUGCCAACUCCAGGUGGCGAAAUCCCUGCAGCUUCGGAAACUGCAAUUCCCUCUCCGCCAUCGUCUUCUGUUCCCAUUGUUCCAGCACCACCAUCAGCAUCUUCCCGGCCCGGUGUACCUGUCGGUCCAGCGUCUCCAGCUCCAAGCCCGACUGGUCCACCUCGACCACCGGCUUUCACCGGUGCUGCAUCAAUUCUUGCUGUCAAUCCCCACGGCACUUUGAUGGCUAUUCUUGUCGCUGCUCUCGUUGCUAUCUUUUAG